GUUGGAUGUCCUGUAAAUGAUAAAUGCUUACAUUUUCAUGAAAUUUGCGAUGUACACAUUUUGAGAAACCGAGUGACAAUCAUUUAUUGUUCGAAAUCAUUAAUUCAAUGUUUGUUCGUUUUUUUUUCGUUUCUUCUGAUGGAAUUCUGAGAAACCACAAGUGAACCAAGGGAUAAAUUGUGUACCCUAACGAAAGUGUACUAAAAUUAAAAGAAAUCCAGUUAAAACGGGUUCAUCGACUUUGCAUAUUCAGAUUGAUCAUAAUUGCAACGGACAUUUCAACUCGAUUAAGCAAUUUGAUUGCACGCUAAUAAAAGGAAGAUAAUAAAGAAGUUAGCCUUGUUAUCGGUAAUCGAUUCGAAUCGGUUGAAAGACGAACUAUAUGAAAGCGAAUGAUAAACAAUAUAACAACAAAAUAUCGUCUCUCGAUUCUUGACGAGUGAUCAAGUGGUUGCACUAAAACACAUAUGAAACACAUCAAUUUGUUGUGAAUGAAAAAAUCGUGUGUAUCGUCGGGACAACGAGAAAUGAGCAAAUGAAACGAAACCGAACAUAACCAUUUCAUUUCUUAAAUUGCUGACAUAUUUGCGGCAAAUGCGAGUGUGCGUGUGUGUGCGUGCGUUCGCUUGAGUAUCUACUUAUUUUAACAAGAUUUAACGGACUUUUAUUGGGUUUCAAGGUGGAAUUUUGUCGUCAAUUUUUCUCACUCAUCCAUUGAUUAUGUUUCAACAUUGUUUAUUGUACGUUUAUUCUUCCUGAUUUGUUGCCAUUCGUGUGUAUUUCCGUUUCGUUCCGAAGCCAAAUCCACUUUUUUUUAUUUACAUUUUUGCUCAGUUGCACGUUCAAUUCACAAUUCGCGCAAAUCGAAUAUCGUUUCGUAUAUUAAUAUUUGUCGACAUGUGCGUUGGUGCUCCUUAAGUUCAGUGUAUCGAAUUGGGUCGAACGUUAAAAAGGCUGAAACCAACUGAAGAAAGUAAUUGGCAACAAAAAAAAAACGGCAACAAAAAAGAAAAACAAAAACACAGUCGAGAACAAUCGGAAUACAAGUAUAUUAAACAAGGAAAACGAAGAAGUUACAAAUAAGAAGCGAUCAGAGCAGAACAGAACAGAACAAAAAAUAAACAGAACAUUCACCGAACGAAGCUAACGAACAAAAAAAAUAAUUGAACCAAAGGACGGGUAAUAAUACGUGUGUAUUGUUCUAUACACUACAACGAAAACGGUUAAACAGUUGAAGUACGUGAGAAAAUAAUUCAUUUUUGUGUGUGUGGCAGUGUGGCUAAGAGUGUAUUGUAUGUGAAAAUAAAAGCAAGAGUCAGAAGUGAAUUUCGAACAAGAGAUAGACUUUAUAUUUUCGGUGCUGCGUUUACCCAUUGCCUUGGCAUUUGCGACCAAACUGAAACCAAUUGCAGACAAUUCUAUUUUGAUAACAAUUUUGCGGUUCUAGUUGUAAUAAAAGCAAAUGAUCAAACACAUCACUACGCACACUAUCUCUCAUCCACUUCAUUCACAACGGACGAGCAGACGAAUUUACUUCGUACAUUCUAGUAACAGUGGUAUACUCAAUAUUGCACAGGAAAAGGCCCACAGUGCGAUUGUACAGUCGACGUCAACAGUGGCAUACCAGCAACAGUAGCUGUAGUAGUAGCAGCAGCAAAUGAGUAAUAUACGAUUUCAAAUUCCAUCGACCAGAACGCGAAUGGGCUGAAACCCGGUGUUCUCUUCUCUUUAAAAAUUUACAUCGCACAGCUUUUUGUCUUUGUGUACGAUUACACGUGCGAACAUUAUAUAAUCGGAUUUUUGCGACGGAGAGAAGCCUUCUGUGGCUCAUUCAAAAAGACAAUUGAAACUAACCGAAUCGAGCGUCCACAUCAAAGUGUUGACACGCUUUUGUUGUUUGAAUUAUAAUAAAUUACAUGGAGUUUGGAUCAAAUUGCAUGGCUAGUUGUUAAAUGUUAUCGCUGACAAAAGAAGUUUAAGCAAUGGUUUUGAUGUUGAAAGUGGACCAACUAAAGAAAUUGCUUUCUCGCAAUUGUGUUGUCGCACCGUGCCAGUGUAAGAUUACAUUCGUUGCGAUCAUAAGCGAUUAGUGUAUAUGUGUGUUCCAGUCGUAUUCAAUAUAAACAAACAGAGAAAUAACCGACAAUAAAAUAAAGCAAUAUCCUAUGCGGAUAUUGGAUUUAGAUAACUAGUCCGUAAUCGAAUACAAAUUUAAGUAAUUAGUGAAAAGACUAAAAAGUGUGUGUGUGUCGGUUGGAAAUAUAGCAGACAAGGUAUCAGACAAGCAAAACUCCAAAUUGAAUCUUUGAGUGAUAUUAAUAGCGGAAAUUCAAUAAGAAUGUCGUCAUCAAAAAUCCAUACCAAAGAAAUGAUCUGCUCUCUAAUUAUAAUUGUAGUCGGAUGUUUGACAACGCUCAGCCAUUCGACUGCAAUUAGCACCAGCAGCACCGGCAGCAGCGGCACUACUACCAGCACAAGUAGCAAAACAAAUUUCAAAGGCAACGGCAUAUUGCGCGACGGUGAUGGCAACCAAGAAAUUGGUAUCGGAGCAGCGGUAAAAAGUCAUAAAAAGCAAAUAAACGGCAAUGACGCUGACUUUAUUGCGAACAAUCCAAAUGAUGAUGAUGCCUAUUCAGCGGAUGAUAUUGCCAAUGAUGUGGAUAAUUUGAAUGCAUUCGACGAAAAUGUGGCAGAUGAUCAGGCUGACGAUUUUGUGUCCGUUGAAAUUGACGAUCAAUUAUCAUUAAAGGAUCAAAUGCGUAUGCUCACCCAACAGAUGACCAGACGAUUUCAACACGAACUCAAAGCAGCUGUACGAAAAACCAAAGAUCUAUUCAAAUCCGAUUUUCAAGCGCAAUUGGAGCAAUUAAGGCAUGAGGUGAAAUCAUUGAAGAAAAUACGAGGCAGCCAAUCGUCAAGCUCUACACAUGCCGGAUCGAAUGUUGGCAAUAAGGAGCGUUUGACAGUUGAUUGGUUUUUGAAGGUUAUUGCUGAAUUUCGUGCUGAAUUGACUGAAUUGCAGGAUGCGCAAAAUAACACCACCCGUCGUUUGCAGCAACGUAAUUGUGCCGAAGAAUUGGUGGAAUUGCGUGACGACUUUGAUAAAUUGAAAUUGGAAUGGAAUGCGAUCCGAUUGCGACAAGAGAAUCUCGAGCAAACUAUGAAAGACCUGCAGACCGAAGCGAUUCAACGUGAUGACGAUUUUCGACGUAGUCAAAUCCAAAAUCAAAAAGCACCGGGAACUAUAGAUUAUGUAAAGCCUGAAGCAGAUCAUCGUCUGCGCCAUCGACGUUUCAUUCGACAGCAUUUACAUGAUUUGGAUGUGGUGCAAAAAGCUAUGAAACGCCAAUUGAAUGAAUUACAGCAUCACCAUAUCGGCGAACGAUUACACAAUUUGGAAAACGAACAAAAACGCCUAGCCAACGCUAAUUUCAAUAUGAGCCGUCAGGUGGCAAGUUUGGAUCGAUUGCACGGUUCGAUGCUCGAACUGCUCGAGGAUAUUGAAGGCAUUCAAAAUAAAUUUGACAAAACAAUUCCUGACAUUAAACGUGAAAUUUCGAAGGUUGAAUUCAAUGCAGCUCAAGUUGCAUCGGAAUACGCGUUAUUGCGCGAAGAAGGGCAAAAUGCAGCGAAAAGCAUUCAAGCUUUGGCUGUAAGUGUCAGCGCUUUGCAGGACGAUCGUGAUGUAAUCAAACAAUUGGAACAAACCGUAAAUGAUUUGAAGCACAAUUUCACAAAAGUACGUGCCGGAGCUUUUGCCCAUCGUCACAUGUUCCACAAACGCAUCGAAAAGAUUGAAUCGGAUUCGAAAUCAAAAAGCCCACAGCAAAAUGUAAUUGGCGAGAUUCAGAUGGCAUCGAAAUUAGUGAAACAAUUGGAAACGGUUGAGCAUCAAUACGAAUCGAUUAUUAAUAAAUUACCAUCAGAUUGUUCGCAAAUCGAGCAGAAUUCAACGGGUCUAUUUAUGAUUGCACCUGGUGGCCAACAACAUCCAAUUUUGGCGAAUUGCGUGAAUCAAUGGACAACGAUUCAACGGCGAAAUGACGGAAGUGUCGAUUUCAAUCGAUCAUGGGAUGAAUACAGCCAAGGUUUUGGUACGCCAUCCGGCGAAUAUUGGAUUGGCAACACGAUAUUGAAUCAUUUGACCGCUGACAAUUGCACAAGUUUAAAAAUAAUUAUGCAAGAUAUUUAUGAUAAUACUUGGGAAGCGAUUUAUAGUACAUUCAAUGUGGCGACACGCGAAGAUGGAUAUCGCUUAAGCAUAUCAGGUUACAGUGGUAAUGCAUCGGAUGCAUUCCAAUAUCAGAAUGACAUGCAAUUUUCGGCAAUCGAUGUUGACCGAGACAUAUCGAAUACGCAUUGUGCUGGCAAUUAUGAGGGCGGCUGGUGGUUUUCGCAUUGUCAACAUGCUAAUUUGAAUGGUCGGUACAAUUUGGGCUUAACGUGGUUUGAUGCAUCACGCAAUGAAUGGAUUGCAGUAAAAUCGAGCCACAUGAUGAUUUCAAAGCGAACAAAUUGUGCCCUACCAUAUACCGCACCACCCCCGAAUGGAGAAAACAACGCUAGCCGGAGCAGCAACAGCAACAGCCUAAGCUCGGCCAACACAAUAUCAACGACUGCGAUACCGGACAAUGCAAAAGGUAAAACGCACAGAAAAUAAAUCCAAACAAUAGCACAUAAACAAAUGAAAAUUGACUACAGAAUAGAGCAGGAAUGAAAGAAUAAAAAAAGGAGGAAACAGACUAAAUAAGACUCGAUCGGAUGAUCGAAAACAAAGCGAUAAAAAGAGCGGAAAGAAAAUCAAGAUCGAACCGGAACAGUGAAUUGUCAUUCCGGUUGAACACCCGGACACCCCGAAGCAUGUGAUUCCGCUAUACAAACACAAGCGAAUAAAAAUUUGUACAUACGUAAAGACCUGAACAAAAACCAAUUCCCAAAAAAAAAACUGUAGACUACCUAGACCUAAAGCUACAAUUAAUAUUACUGACUAUUAUCAUUAAUAAUAAUAAAAAAAAAUUGAUGAUAUUUUGUGUAUCCUAAUACUGAAGUAAAAAAAAAUGAAAAAAAAACUUUGAACGCAACAAACAAACAAAAAAAAAACAAGAAAUAAAUAUAGAAAAUAUCUUUAUAAAAAUAAGAACUAAAAUGGGAAAAAUUAAAAGGAAAUACCACACUGGAAACUUAUUGUUACUAGAGAGUUAUACCAAACGUAGGCUUAAGUGUAAGCAUUUGUCGGCAGUCAGUCGCUUUUGUUCUUUCAAGCAUAGAAAAUUUGUAAGGUGAAUGCAGAAAUACUCUUGUGAACAAGCACUUCAAGUCCAGCAUGUUCAUUCCCAGUCGUUCCGUUCGGGCAGCGUUUUUUCUUCGUACACUUCGUUUAGUUGCUGCUGCUCUU